GUGUAUUUGUUGCUAGACAGAAUCAGGAGUUCUCCAGGAAUGUACUGCUGCCCUGGGGAAUCUUAACAUGCCUUCCCAAGGAAGUUAGCAGGAUCUGUAUCCUGGUGAGUGGAGAGGUUUAUAAAAUGCCCUGUUUUAGCACUGGUGCCGUGCAGUUGUUGGACACAUUCUUUGAUUUCUGGCCUCAGUAAGGUGAACUGGCUCUUCCAGUUCCUUAAUUUAUCUGUCCUGCUGUAUGAAUAAGGCACAGGUGGUGGAACAUGAUCAGCAUUUGAGUGAAUCAGCAGGGUCUUAUGCAAAAGAAGGUUUGAGUUGUCAUCAGCUCCAUGAAUAGGACUCUGAGGAACUCCUCAUCUGGAGAGAAGCUGGUGAAAGUGGCAGAAUUCCAGUUUUAAGAGCUGUCACUCCCUUUAUUCCUGAGAACUGGAAGGAUUUUUCUCUCUGUUCACAAAAAUAUUAUCUCAGGACAAUUGAUUUUUCCUUAAAUGCUUUUUGUCCACUUCCAUAACACUGCUGCUCAAGUCUGGAAAAUUCUGCAGUAUCUUUUUCAGUAACAUGCUGUAAUACUCAUCAGUACUGUUGAGUGUAGGGUCCCUACAGCCCCAGUUUCUCAAUCUCAGGGGAUUUGUACCAAAACCAGGCCUUGAAGUGAGAUCUGAAGCACUUUUUACAGUGUCUUGCAUCAUUUGUUAUCUGUGAGGAGGAGGUUCAGUAGUAUGGGUAGGACACAGAUAAGUUUGUUGCUAUGGCCAUAAACCCACCUCUUCCCAGCAAAUUCCCUAAUGCUGAUCCCAGCAGAAAUGCCCAUUGCCUGUGUGCAGUAUAUAUUCUCAUUUCACCUGCUCCCAUGUACCUGCCCCUAUGGACCAAAAAGUCUCUGGUCUGUUUCUGCUUCUCUGGUCCUUGCUGUGGAACAAAAUUCCUCAUAUUUGCUGGAGAGGGAGAUGGCAGAAAUAUUGACAGGGACUAAUUUUUUUCUGUGGUCUUGAAGUGUUAGUUGUCCCUUACCAGGGAGGGCUGCUAGCAGUUAUUAGCCUUCCCCCAGUAGGAUUUGAGCUUUGUACAUUCAUGAAUGUGACUGUGCCCUGUGACUGUAAUUGCAGAAUGAAUACUUCUGACUGUAUGUUCUCAUGUGAUCUGGUUCAACAGCGUACGUCGAAAAUGGGAUAGCUUUUCUGUUUUUUGAUUGUACUUUGUCUUCCAGGAAAUUGGCACUGGAGUUAAAAAGUAGAUUUUAUUGCACAUUCAGUUGCUAUUAUGAUUGCCUGAAUGCAGCUUUUGCUUUGAUGGGAAAGAAGCAGAAAUGCCUUAUUUGCAGUACUUACCUGAAUCUGGGAUUGAAUUAUUUUUUACUUCUGUUGCUGGUGUUUACCUUGGCACCUUUUUGGUCAGGCAGAGGAAAGUCACGUCGCUGAAUGCAAGAUGCCAUCUGCUCCCAUUUCCCCACUUAGAAGGAUAUUGAGAAAAUAAAAUUUCAAGUUAAACGGGACCUACACUAAGGAAAGUGCUGCAUCCUUUUCUGUGAUCAGUAAAGGUGUUGGGAAAUACUGGGUGUGUCUUUGAUCAGUUUCCCAAGAGCUCAGCCUAGUCAUCUGCACAUGGGUGGGGAGGCAAGAGGUUCCAGCUGCAGCCCAAACCAACUCUCUUUAAGAUGUGGGUGACUGGAGGAUUUGCUUUUCUUUUGGAUGUGAAGACCAUAAACACUACUUUAAGUGCUUUUUACUUUUAUUAAUAACAUUGCCAGUGCUUUACAUUGCUUUUCCCCCUCUUUUCCCUGCUUGUCUCCUCCAGUUCAGUAAUGGUAGGCUCCGUGUGUUGCAGGUCACAUGGUUCCAUGACACAUGUGUGUGUGUGUGUAUAUAUGUGAGAUGCCUGGGGACUCUGCUCAGACUGCACUGAACUUCCCUCUUCAGAGCCACUCAUCAUUUCAGAGAAGUCACCUGCCAACAUGAUGCCUGGGGGCUUAUCUGACACCAAGCCAGCCACUCCAGAAGUUCAGCAGCUUGUUAACCAGGUGAAGCCACAGUUUGAAAGCCAGGCAAACGUGAACUGUGCUGUCUUUACAGCCAUAGCAUAUAAGACUCAAGUGGUUGCUGGGACAAUGUACUUUAUUAAGGUCCAAGUUUCAGAUGCCGAAUAUGUCCACUUAAAGGUGUUCCAGAGUCUUCCUCAUGAGAACCUAGGUCCCAGCCUUGUCAGUUUUCAGACUGGCAAAACCAGAGACGACCCUCUGACCUAUUUCUAAGACAGUGUGUUGCAGUGCCUCACCUCUGCAAAUCCUAUGGGGAUUCUGCUUGUGACAGUAAAAUAAAAUAA